CGAGCCUCUUUAUUAACACAUUUUUUACAGUGUUAAUAACAAUGUGAAAUUCCGAGUUAAUAACGAGAUUUGUUUCGCGACUUUCCGAUACAACGAAUGUGUCGGUGUUAUGCUGCAUAGAGAAGCCUGAACUGAAUUGGACGCGGCGACCACAUGAGUGUGAGCAGCAGAGGGAACAACCUCGAAGAAUGCCUUUCCUCCUCAUAGCGCACGCCCUUCUCACCCGCACGACAAGCGAGACGAUCUCGGCUCUCUCAAGCAGCAUCCACGAGAGAAAUAAUGAGGAGUGCACACUAGGGUGUGGUUUCAGAUCCUUGAGACGAGAUUUUCGACGGUACGUGAUAUGGUAUUGGAGCCAUGGAAGAAUACGUACCAAGAUGAGCUUGCUUUCGAUCGCGAGUAUGAAGGUCGCGGCACUCUUGCCCUCCGACCACAUCUCACAAUCCUUGACUCUCCGGACGAUGACAGGCUUUUCGUUCAGCGCGAUCAUCUUAUGUAUGUAGUCGUCGUCCGAACAAGCUUGUAUGCCUGCGAAGACGUUCCUACCCGACUCAGUGAUCUUCUAGGUACAUAGUUGACCCAGGUCUGGCUUAAUGCAGCGGAGGUGUAGGAGUAACGUGGACCGGGGGCACC